AUGGCGUCGUAUCUAGCAUCCAUCUACGGCACCGAGCAGGACAAGGUCAACUGUUCGUUCUAUUACAAGAUCGGCGCCUGUCGACACGGUGAUCGAUGUUCCCGCAAACACAUCCGGCCCCCCUACUCAUGCACUCUCCUCCUUUCCAACGUCUACCGAAACCCGCGUCAUCACGAACAAGACUGCACCAUUACUGACACUGAACUUCAAGCGCAAUUUGACGCGUUCUACGAGGACAUGUUCACGGAACUGGCAAAGUACGGCCAGCUUGUCGAAAUGCAUGUCUGCGAUAACGUGGGAGAUCACCUGAUCGGCAACGUCUACGCGAGGUACAAGUACGAAGCUGAUGCACAGCGCGCCGUCGAUGCGUUGAACGAUAGGUGGUACGAUGCCAAGCCGCUGUUCGCCGAGUUGAGCCCAGUAACGGAUUUCCAAGAGGCUUGUUGUCGACAGAACGAGACCAACGAGUGCAACCGAGGCGGAUUCUGCAACUUUAUGCAUCUCAGAUAUGCGAGCAGACCUAUUAGGAAGGAGUUGAACCACCAAUUGGCGGUCGAGUUGAGACGGAGGAAGGAAGAAGGCAGAGACACCGCAAAGGGCGUCAAGAAGAGGCUUGGUUGGAAAGAAAGGUUGGCACUCGAACAAGGAGAUACACUGGCCGACGUGGAAGGAGACGAUGGUAACCGUGAGGAAAACGGUAAAGCAAAGCGCGAUUGGAGGAGCGGCAAGUCAGGAGGUGACUGGAGGAGUCAACCCAGAUCAACAGAGGUCGACCAAGUUGAUCAUCAAGGCCACGACUCGACACCAUCUAUCACGGCUGCUGAUCCAGAGGAGAGGUAG